AUGGCGUCACCUCUGCCCUUGCUCUGUCUCUGCAUCGCCGCCGCACACUUAGCGGGAGCGCGAGACGCCACCCACACCGAGGAGCACACCGCAACCGCCAGGGGUCUUCAGGGACGGCCUCCAGACCCCGGCCAGCCCUCGCCAGCCCUCGAGGAGUGGGAGGAAGCCAGCGAGUGGACGUCGUGGUUCAACGUGGACCACCCGGGAGGAGAUGGCGACUUCGAGAGCCUGGCUGCCAUUCGCUUCUACUACGGGCCCGCGCGCGUGUGCCCGAAGCCACUGGCGCUGGAGGCACGCACCACCGACUGGGCGCUACCAGCUGCAGUGGGCGAGAGGGUGCACGCCAACCCAGAGCGCGGCUUCUGGUGUCUUAAUCGCGAGCAACCGCGAGGCCGCCACUGCUCCAACUACCACGUGCGCUUCCGCUGUCCACUGGAGGCGGCGUGGGGCGCUUGGGGAGCGUGGGGCCUCUGCUCCAAGAGUUGCGGGCCAGGCCGUCGCCUGCGCCGCCGCAGCUGUCAAAGCUCUUCUGGGGACACGUGUCCCGGGAGCUCCCAGGAGGCGCAGAAGUGUAUGAGAUCCCGUUGCCCAGGGUGUAGCUCUGACACCUGCAGGUGCCCCAACCACAUCCUAUUGGGCUCGGUGGUCACUCCAUCUGGCCGCCCACUAUCAGGAGCCAGGGUCUCCCUCCGAACUCGACCUGGCACCAUAGCCACCAGCGGUACUCAUGGAACCUUCCGAGUGUCUGGAGUCUGCGCUGGCAGCAAGGCCAAUGUCAGCGCCCAGAUGAAUGGGUUCUCUGCUGGUACAGCCCAGGCCCAUGCCAACAGUUCCACCUCAGCUGUGGUCACCAUCACCCUUGAAGAGUUAGGGAAGCCGUACCUGGUAAAGCACCCUGAGUCUCGAGUUCGAGAGGCAGGUCAGAAUGUGACCUUCUGCUGCAAGGCCUCGGGGACACCCAUGCCCAAGAAAUAUUCCUGGUUCCACAACGGGACCCUACUGGACCGACGCCAGCAGGGGUCUGGGCCACACCUAGAGCUCCAGGGGCUUCUUGAGGAGCAGGCAGGGGAGUACCACUGCAAGGCCUGGAACGACGCCGGCACCGUGCGAUCCCGCGUCGCCCACCUCACGAUACUCGCUCCCGGCCAGCCGGCCUGUGACCCCCGACCUCAGGAACACCUGAUCAAGCUUCCGGACGACUGCGGCCAGCCCGGCGGCGGCCCCACGUACCUAGACGUGGGUCUGUGCGCGGACACACGCUGCCCGGGCCCUGUGGGCUCCGGCGCUCGCUGUGGGGACGCGGGCUCUCGCUGCUGCUCAGUGCUGCGCCUGGAGAGCAGGGACAUCCGCUGCUCCGGCUACGUGCUCCCGGUGAAGGUGGUGGCCGAGUGUGGCUGUCGCAAGUGCCUGCCCCGUCGGGGAUUGGUGCGGGGCCGCGUGGUGGCUGCGGACUCCGGGGAGCCCCUUCGUUUCGCUAGGAUUCUGCUGGGCCGCGCACCCAUCGGCUUCACCUCCUACCAGGGCGACUUCACCAUCGAGGUACCGCCGGCCACCGAGCGCCUCGUGGUGACCUUCGUGGACCCGAGUGGUGAGUUCGUGGACAGCGUCCGCGUGCUGCCUUUCGACCCUCGCGGCGCUGGUGUGUACCACGAGAUCCGCGCGCAGCGCAAGGCGGCCGCAGUGCUGCUGGACGCGGAGCGGGGCGGUGAAAUCCCGCUGGGCGGGACGGAGGAGGCGCCAGCGCUCGGCGAGCUGGUCCUGCCGCCCCGGACCUUCCACCACCCCGACGGCCGUCCCUACGCGGGGCCCGUGGAGGCGCGUGUCACCUUCGUGGACCCUCGUGACCUGGCGUCGGCGGCCGCGGCGUCCAGCGACCUGCGCUUCUUGGACAGCGCGGGUGAGCUGGCGCCGCUGCGCACCUACGGCAUGUUUGCCGUGGACCUGCGCGCGCCCGGCUCCCCAGAGCAGCUGCACGUGGCGCGCGCGGACGUGCGCGUGGACGCCGACCACGUGCGCAUGCCCGGCCACGCCGAGGCGCUGGCCCUCUGGUCGCUGGACCCGGAGACCGGGCUGUGGGAGGAGGAGGGGGCUGAGCGCGGGGGAGGCGGCUUCCGGCGUGAGAAGGCGGCGGCGCGCGUGCGCAGGGAGGAGCGCGCGUUCCUCGUGGGCGCGCUCACCGUGCGCGAGCGCCGCUUGUUCAACCUAGACGUGCCAGAGCGGCGCCGCUGCUUCGUGAAGGUUCGCGCGUACGGCACGGAUCGCUUCGCGCCCGCCGAGCAGGUGCAGGGCGUGGUGGUGACGCUGCUCAACCUGGAGCCCGCGCCCGGCUUCACGGCCAACCCACGCGCGUGGGGCCGCUUCGACAGCGCGGUCACAGGGCCCAACGGGGCGUGCGUGCCGGCCUUCUGCGACGCCGAGCGGCCCGACGCCUACACGGCCUUUGUGACCGCGGCUCUGGGAGGCGAGGAGCUGGAGGCCGCGCCGUCGCGACCACGCGCGACCGCGGCCACCGUGGGCGUGGCGCAGCCCUACCUGGAGCGCCUAGGCUACCAGCGCACCGAUCACGACGACCCUGCGCUCAAGCGCACCGGCUUCCGCUUGAACCUUGCGCGUCCACGCGCGGGCCACGAGUCCGAGGCGCACGGGCCCGUGUAUCCCUGGCGCCGCCUGCGCGACUGCGAGGACGCGCCGGUCACCGACAGUCACUUCCGAUUCUCGCGCGUGGAGGCGGACAAGUACGAAUACGACGUAGUGCCAUUCCACGAGGGAGCCCCCGCCUCGUGGACCGGCGACCUGCUGGCCUGGUGGCCCAACCCGCAGGAGUUCCGCGCGUGCUUCCUGAAGGUGCGGCUGCAGGGCCCGCAGGAGUACAUGGUGCGUUCGCACAACGCGGGCGGCACCCACGAAGACACACGCGGCCGCCUCUAUGGGCUGCGCGACACCCGCAGCGUGCGCCACCCUGAGCGCCCCGGCGCCUCGGCCGCCUGCGUGGAGUUCAAGUGCGGCGGCAUGCUGUUUGACCAGCGCCAGGUGGACAGGACACUGGUGACUGUGACCCCGCAGGGCAGCUGCCGUCGCGUGGCCGUCAACACACUCCUGCAGGACUAUCUAGCCCGGCACCCGCCGCUCGCCCCCGCCGACGACCCCGCCGCCUUCGCCAUGCUGGCUCCCCUUGACGCGCUGGGCCACAACUAUGGGGUCUACACGGUCACCGACCAGAGCCCACGGCUGGCCAAGGAAAUCGCCAUCGGCCGCUGCUUCGACGGCUCCUCCGAUGGCUUCUCCCGGGAGAUGAAAGCGGACGCUGGCACGGCUGUCACCUUCCAGUGCCGUGAGCCGCCCGCCAGACCCAGUCUCUUCCAGAGACUGCUGGAGAACCCUGCCUCAGCGCUUGGCGACAUCCGUAGGGAGAUGGGCCAAGCCACCCGCGAUUCCCGGGUUACCCAGACCCAAGCCGGAGACACGCGCUCCUUCGGCCCUGGACAGUGA